AUGGGAUAUUACGGGCUUUAUUGGCGAGCAUCCGGGAGGACCAUCGGGUGUGCUGGGUCUAAUGCAACAAAAUCCUUCGACCAAGUCCACGCACCCGAUAUCAUUGAGGAGCUGCCAAAGGAGAAAUUUAAGGGAUUCCUUGAGGAGCCCAGUUCUGAUGUCUCCGCCAGCGCCGCUCAGUGCGCCGCCGAGCGUGACACGACGACAGCCCCGACAAAUGAAGUUCCUCCUCUUGAAUCUGUGCUCAGCGCAGCCGACUUUGAGGUUGUGGCGUCCAAGGCACUGACACCGAAGACGUGGGCCUUUUACUCUUCCGCAGCCACAGACCUCAUUACGCACGGUAAGAACAAAGAACUUGUUCGACGGAUCAUGAUACGUCCAAGGAUACUUCGAAAUGUCACCAGCGUCAACAUGAAAACCAGUAUUCUCGGUUUCCCGAGUACAGCCCCGUUCUUCAUCGCCCCUGCUGCGAUGGCACGUCUGGUUCAUCCUGACGGCGAGCUAGCUCUGAGCCGUGCAUCUGCCAACGAAGGUAUCAUCCAAAGUAUCUCAAGCAACGCUUCCUAUACACUGCGCUCCAUCAUGACAGCCGCACCAGCAACACAGCCCUUCUUUUUUCAGCUGUACAUCAACUCCGAACGACAGAAAACGAUCGAAAUCCUCAAUUCGGCACGCUCCCUAGGUAUCAAGGCCAUAUUCUUAACGGUCGACGCACCCGUUCCAGGCAAACGUGAAGCAGACGAACGGGCCGCGCAGGCUGUGACGGUACGAUCCGCCAUCAGUGGCGGCGAGAGCAGCAAGGACAAGAAGGGAAGUGGAUUGGGGCGUCUGAUGGCGCAAUACAUCGACAAGUCUCUGACAUGGAAUGACCUGUCAUGGAUACGAGAGGCGAGUGGUGUGCCCAUUGUCCUCAAGGGUGUGCAGACCGCAGACGAUGCCAAGAUGGCUGUGGAUUAUGGCGUAGAUGCAAUUCUGCUGAGCAACCACGGUGGUCGAUCUCUCGAUGGAUCUCAAGCAAGCAUCCUGGUCUUGCUGGAGCUGCGAAAACAGUGCCCAGAGGUUUUUGAAAAGCUUGAGGUUUACGUUGAUGGCGGUUUCGAGCGAGGGUCAGACAUACUAAAAGCUAUCGCGCUGGGAGCGACGGCGGUGGGCAUCGGCCGGCCCACACUGUAUUCGUUGGUAUAUGGCCAAGAAGGCGUAGAACAUCUAGUUCAAAUACUCAAAGACGAAUUGGAAACAUCAAUGAGACUUUGUGGAAUUACAAGUCUGGAUGAAGCGACCCCGGCUUUGGUCAAUACGCGUGACAUUGAUCAUCUUGUGGCACCCGUAGAGCAGAGCGAGCCGGGACGAAAGUACAGAAGAGCAGUGGUAGCAAAGAUAUAG